AUGGUGAACAAUGUCGAAGUUGAAGUGGCUAAGAAGUCACGGAAACCACGGCGACGUGGUGGCAGACGAGCUUCUAAACGUCGCGCGAAAAAAUCGUCUGUUCUGCCCACGCUGACUGUUAUGUCACUAGACAUAGUGUCACCAGCGAAAUGUGCGGUUCACACAUUCCUACUCAAGUAUCAAAGCGCGUUAAGAAAGGUGCCGACAGAACUACCGCCAAAAGUACAUGCCGGCCCGCCGACGAAACGGGUGAAGCGUGUGUCGUGGUGUCACGAAGAAAGCGGUGGGUCAGGUGGUGGCGACCCCGCUGUGCUGGCUGUGGGUCCCACCCGUAGGCCCCUCACUUACACGCGGGACCAACUCAUGCGACUGCGACACUCGCCGCUCGUCAAGCAGGGACUGGAGAAUGCAUUCGCCGGGAACGAUCACCUUGCUCUCGUUCUGAAGAAGAGAUCGGAAUCACCAGCCGGCGAUGACAAGGGAGCUAAGGGGGAUGCGCCGGUUGAAAACCAUAAGGGAGUGUACGGACGUGACCGCGAGCGUCGUUCAGCGGAUCCGCGCGAGCGUGUCCGUAAGGAGAGUGAACCGAGUACCGGUAUAGUGUUGUCACCUCAAAGGAGAUCCUUCACCUCGGGAUGUGGAGCCCCAGCGGCCGCGGCGCCGCCCCCCCACGUGGCGCGGACAAGACCUGACUCACCGCUCUCAACACACCCGCCCGCACUCAAAACGGAACAGGCUGGUCGUCGUAUCGGCUCUGGUCGUAUAAUGGUGCGCGACAUGCCACCUGGGCAGUGGGAGGAGAACGAGUACCGCGGCGAACGGAACGAGCGUAACGAACGAACCGAGCGUAACGAGCGGCAUGAGAGACACGAGCGUAAUGAGAGACAUGAUCGAAACGAGCGACAUGACCGGACCGAGCGACACGACCGUAAUGAGAGACAUGAAAGGACCGAGCGUCACGAACGUAACGAGCGACACGAACGCAACGAGCGACACGAGCGGAACGAGCGACACGAGCGGAACGAGCCCUACCGUCCGCCGCGAGACCGUGAGCGGGACAGAGAUGACAGACGGACUAACUCUGAUCGGUUUGAUCGUCGCUCCUUCAACCGAGAUUCCUACUCCUCUGAGAUUAAGAGGGAAAGGGACGAUCGAUUUAACAACGAGAAACGGGAUCGGGAAGACAACCGUAGAUCAGGUGGUCGCUUUUCUCAAAGACGUUUUGAGAAGGAAGAUGAACCAGAAUGGUUUAGCGGCGGACCGACGUCCCAGUUAGAGACGAUCGAGCUGCGUGGUUUUGACGAGCCGAGUAAGAAUGACCGGGGCACGGAGGAAGGACGGAACAAUGACACGACAUGGCCAGGUCCACCGAAAUCACCGGAUCGUUGGAGGGGACCGUCUCCUAACAAAAAUACGGACAAGGAUUCUGGUGUGGAAAGUAAGAGUGAGGAGACAGUGGCACCAGAGCCGGACUUCAAUCUAGAUGAAUUUCUUAAAUUCGACUCAAUACCUGAAGUGCUUACUAACGGAAGCAGCGAGGCUGAGGGUAGUCGCUUCAGUCGUUGGUUCCGUCGCGAUUCUCCUCCCGCCGACAGACAUGCAGACAGACAUUAUGAGAGACUUAUGCAUAAUAUGAUAGACGACCUGGACAAUUCUACUCGUGAGACUACUCCUGCUCCUGGCGCGCCUCCCACCACAGCGCCGUCUUUACUGGAACUUCUGAGAAGAGCUGGGGCUGAGGCUGAUCCUCGACCUGAACUGAACAACGUGGGCGGCAAGAUCCACAGCCUUGAGGAAUUGGAGGCACGUCUAAGACCGACUCAGCCGCCGGCCCACCACCACGACCACGACCUGUCUGCUUUCAAACGACUUCUGGCGCAGGUAUCUGGCGGACAUGCGGUGACAGCUGAGCCUCCGAGACCGCAGCCUCCGCCGAUGAGUCUGCUCCAGAUGCUUAACAAGAGCAUGGAGCAGCAACAACAACAACAGCAGCAGCAACAACAGCAACAGCCAAAAUCCGCGCCGCACAUACCGCAAGAGCUCCUAUACAAGCUCCUGCAGGUGCAGCAACAACAGCAGCGUCAACAAGGCGACGUGGGUAUGGGCUUGCCCAGUGAGAGAGAGUUGCUACAGAGACCAGAGGCACAGGCUAUCAUACAUGGUCUCAAGGCAGGCGAGAUUACUGUCCAGAACUUGAUGCAGCAGUUGGGCAACCCGGGGCUGCAAAGCAGGCACCGUGAACUGCUGCUAACGAUACUGAGAGUACACCAGCAAAGACAGCAAAUGGGCGGCUCCCCACUUCCGGUAGUAUCUCCGCCACAUCUCGUAGUUCCUCAUCAUCAGCCGCUUAGACUGUCGCCAUUGCCGAGCUCAGGCGUCCCAGCUCGUAUUCCGUCGCCCCGCGAGCUAGCGGCCCACACUCAGUCGAUCAUGCAAGGAGCACUCAUCAAGAAGAAGCUAGAGGAACAAAGGGAAAAUUAUCGCAGGAGACACGACCUGCCAACCAAACAACAAAUUUCUUUCACACCCACAUCGGUUUUAAGAAAAAUGUCCGCUGCUGCUGAUAAGGAGGAGGGUGGCAGCCCUAAAGGAGCCGGCUGGCACGGGAUCACACAUGCAAAGCCACAUGGAAGACCUAUAGUGAAGGGCAAUCAAAGUGGAACAGCUCCAAUGGUAUAUGCGCCCUCGCAGCAGGAUUAUCAACAGCACUACAUUAAUCAACAACAACAGCAAAUAUCAAAUGCCAAUCGUGCCUUCACACAUCAGCAACCUAGACAGGUUACAAAUUCUCUUAAUAACAUGAGCGGAAUGGGCAACAUGGGAGGUAUGGGCGGCAUGGCUCGCGGUACAACACUGCAUCAGUUGCUCGUACAAUCUCAUCAGAGAUCUUUGAAUGAGAUGGGUGGCGGCGCCGGUGGUGGUGACAACCAGCUAGCUAGAUGGUUCUCCCCGGAGCUGCUCGCCCGAGCUUCCGCCGGUAAGCUACCCUCUGUGCAUGUACCCAACGCGCUAUCUCUGGAGGACCUCGAACGGCAUCACCACUCCCCAGCGCCGCCCGUGCGCAACUGA